AUGCGUCUUCUCGUUUUUGCGUCGACGUUGCUGCUCGUGACCACGGCUCUUCCGGCAGCCACCCGCGUCUUCAUCGGAGAGCUCUACGAAUACAAUCUCGGCGACGUGCAAACGAACGCAACCGGCAAGAAUGGAGGUUCGCUCCCGUCCUGGCUCAUGGUCCGCAACCAAAUCCUCCAAGGAAUCCCAACCGAGUUCGACGUCGGAAGACACACGAUCAUGGUGAGUCAUGGGGAAAAAAUAGAGAGAGAGAGAGAAACUACGUGGCGAGGGGCCUUGAAGGCAGCAUCUAGGAACUGUAGGCGUGAGUCAUCCGAGAAGCAAUCAAUUUAGCAGCUCGCAAAGUGGCACAUGAGUCAACUAGCGCCAAUAACUGUCGGUCCUAUCAGAAAACAGGUAUCGAUUGCUAUAGAAGUACCCUAAUAACACUUAGCAGCAGCUUUUUUGAGUUUCUGGAUUAAAACAUGAGAGAUAAGUGGUCCGCAAGGGCUGAAGAGCGCGUGAGUUGAGUGGGAGUCACUUGGUGUAACAUGCAGUAUUUAUAGAUCAAGCCAAUCGGCCGCAAGCCGUUCUACCUGCACCUGAACGUCGAGGAGGAGCGUGAGAGUGUCUGCGGACCCAACGUUACCUACUGGAUGGAGACCUACCACGAGCAGAAUGCUACGCUCGCCAACCGAAUCAACAGCGCCCUGGCGAUGGCCGAGCUGGAGAUCGACCCGAAAAUCAAAACCGUCCGUGUCUACUCGUUCAACUUCAGCAGUAUCAUCCGUGAGCUCGAAGAAAUCAACGCGGAAGAAGUGCACGGACAGUACAUGGUCAUGUGGCGAGUGAGCUGCGACGACUUCGAUGAGGCCCUCAGCUACAUGGACGACUUCAUGGAACGUGACGACGUUGACUACGACUCCCUCAAGCUGGCGAAGGGAUUCUUCAAGACCGGAGUCGCCCCGAAACCAACUGAGGAGGCCGAAGAAGAGACGACCACCACCCGACUCGUUCGGACCACGACCGAAGUCUCACGCACCACGAGGAAAGUUAUCACUGACAACAAGCCAAUCCUCCUCAACCGGCUUCCAUCUUUUGCCUGCGUCAGGUAACACAUUGGAUCCAGAGUUUCAGAGAAACAUAGUAGUAUUUCAGAGGUGAGAUGUGCGAGCUACGCAUUCCAGCUGAGACCUUCAAGGAUGCUGAGGACGGUGACACCUUCAAGCUGCGUCUUUCCGUGCUUGCUCUCGACAAUGCUGAGGUCUGGAUGAUCAACGAUCCGAACAAGGGGCUGAUCGGAAUUCCGAUGCGCACCGGAGAGUACAACUACCGUCUGGAGGCUCGCGACCAAGCCGGACAGCUUGCUUCCGCUCCUUUCCAAGUCAACGUCAAGCCGGCUCUUCCAGUCAACCACCGUGUGCAGCUCGAGAUGGACAUGCCAACUCCGGAACAGAUGGCCACCAUCCCCGCCAAGAGGAACAUGCUGCUCCGCGCUCUUGCUCGAUCCCUCAAGGCCCCAAUCCAUUCCUUCACCCUUCAGGAGAUUGGAUUCAAGAACAACAAGACCAUGAUCGCCUUUAGCAACAACUCGAUCCCGUACAAGACCUGCGACGAGAACGCUCUCGAAGCCAUGGCCGCCAAGAUGAUCAUGAAGCAAAAGAUGCGGACCAAGACGGAGUUCGUCAAGAUCAUGGGCAACCAGUUCUACGUCCGCCGUGCCACCCUUAUCCGCCAGGGCAACUGUGAGGACUCUGUGGAGAUCAGCACCACUGCCCCGACCAUCCAAUCAAUCCAAGAGGCCGAUUCGCAGCUCAUCCUCAUCUGUGUCCUCCUCUUCUUGCUCCUCGUCAUUGCAGUGGCCAUCAUCGUCUACUGUGCCUGCGUGAAGAGGAACGGAAAGAAGAAAUCGCCGAGCACCGAGUACGUUGCCAAGGGACUGCCUGUCGUGUUCCCGGAUGAGGUGGACGAGAGCGACCCAACCCACGCCGGAACACCGAUGCUUGCCCGCGAGGAACGUCCGCCACUCAAGGUAAGAUCCCUUCCUGAUGAACAGAAACAAGGAACGCACGGUCUUCGUUCUCACACCGCUGUCCUCUCAAGAUGAAAGACUCGAUUAUAUCUCGUCGCAUUUUGCAGGUCUCGCAGCACGAGAAUCCCCUCUACAAGCCGCCACCGCCAAUCGCCAGCAACUCGCCGCGUCUCGGACAGGCCUCGUCGUCGUCGAACCAGAAGCUUCAGUCGCCGUUCAUUCCUCCCUAA